CUACGCUUUCAAAUUACUUCACAAUCAACUGAUUUGAUAGUUUUGAAACAAAAAUUAAACAUGGAUCGUCUAAAAUGUAUUGCACUAUUCAUUGCCCUACUUGUUACAACUUCUUUUGCUGAGAUUGAGAGACCUGAGAAUAGGGUAGCUAGGAAGGAAUUGGGUAUAGACCUUGGUGGUGUAGGGGUUGGAUUAGGGUUAGGGCUAGGCUUAGGUCUUGGUGGUGGAUCGGGCUCUGGAGCUGGUGCUGGAGCUGGAUCAGGGUCCGGUGGUUCAAGUUCUAGCUCAAGUUCUGCUUCAUCUAGCUCAAGCUCGAGCUCAGGUGGAGGUGGAAAUGCAGGUUCUGAAGCAGGCUCCUAUGCUGGCUCAAGCGCUGGGUCUAGAUCAGGAGGUCGUGGAUCACGAGGAGGCGGACGAGGAGGAGGUGGUGGUGGUGGCGGUGGUGGCGGUGGCGGUGGUGGAGGUUCCGGUGGUGGAAGUGGAUAUGGACAUGGUGAAGGUGGUGGAUAUGGCAGAGGUUACGGAGGUGGUGGAGAUUAAGCAUAAGUUCUAAUUUAAAAUUGUUCAUUGUUUGAUGUGACAAUAAUGUAUGGCAACAUAUGUAUCGUACAAACAGAAUAAAAGAGUACUUUAUAUAUUAAGGAAAUUAAGUCCAUUCGCUUGCAUGGCUUGGAUUUGUAUUGUUCCUAAAUCAUGUACUCGGUGUGUUCAAUGUAAAGGAAAAUAUCUAUUAUAGUGAAGUUCAACUCACAUCUUAUAUACUAGUGUAUACUCUGUAAUUCGGUAAUAAGUCUAAUAACUCUUUUCUAAUGACAAGUAGAACAAAGAUAAGAAGGUUGAAUUUAUUACUCGUACUACUUUAAGUAGUGUAUGUAUAAAAGUUUUUUCUUUUUUCCUCAAAAUGUAGUGAAUGAGAUAAAAGGUUAA